GAAAUGCGCAUCACCCUCUUUCUCCCUCAGAUAUUCUCUCUCUCUCUUUCUCUGACACACACACACACAUCCACGCUCCUGGAUUUGCAGAAGACAGACAUCCAGGGCACUUCUUGGCAUCCCCAGGAAAAUCCUAUGGGAUUAAAAACCCACAGCAGAAUUGCUGGGAGCUGCCUCUUGAGGGUUACAACUUCACCUUUUGCUUUUACAGAUGCUUGUUUGCUACCCAUGUGGUAACCUCUGGACAGCCAGUAAUGCAUUCAUUAUCCCCACUGACUGAGUGAGGGAGCAGUGCAGCAGUAACUACUUCACCCAGCUGAAGGCAGACAACAAAAGGAGGAAAAUGAUGAAUUCGGACAAUUUAACCUCCCAAAGCUUCCUCUCUGCGAUUCACAGCAACGCCAGCAAUUUGUUCUCAGGUCUCCAGUUUGUUCAGUCCUUCAAGCCACUGAUCAUCCCCUGCUACUCCCUGGUGGUUUUCAUCGGUGUCAUUGGGAAUUACCUGCUCAUCUACGUUAUCUGCAAGACAAAAAAGAUGCACAACGUCACCAACUUUCUCGUGGGCAACCUGGCUUUCUCAGACAUGCUCAUGUGUGCCACCUGUGUGCCCCUGACCCUCGCCUACGCCUUCGAGCCCCGGGGGUGGGUGUACGGGCGCUUCAUGUGCUACUUUGUUUUCCUGAUGCAGCCCGUGACCGUGUUCGUGUCCGUGUUCACCCUGACUGUCAUAGCCGUGGACAGGUACUGUGCCAUGGUGUACCCCUUCCGCAGGAGGCUCACCAUCCCCAUCUGUGCCUACAUCCUGGCUGCCAUCUGGCUGCUGAGCUGCACCCUGGCUGCCCCAGCCUUGGUCCACACGUACCACGCGGAGUUCCCGGAGCUGGACUUCUCCAUCUGCGAGGAGUUUUGGUUCCACGGGAAAAGGGACCGCUUGGCUUACGCCUACAGCACCCUCAUCAUCACCUACGUGUUGCCCUUGGCUGUCAUCUCCCUGUCCUACCUGAGGAUCUCGGUCAAGCUGAAGAACCGUGUGGUGCCAGGCAAUGUCACCCAGGGCCAGGCUGAGUGGGACCGGGCACGGAGGAGAAAGACUUUCCGCCUGCUGGUCUUGGUGGUGGCAGCCUUUGGAGUCUGUUGGCUGCCCCUGCACAUCUUCAACGUGAUAAAGGACAUAGACAUCAGCUUGAUUGACAAGCAGUAUUUCAACUUCAUCCAGCUGCUGUGCCACUGGUUUGCAAUGAUGUCUGCCUGCACCAACGCCUUCCUCUAUGCCUGGCUCCACGACAGCUUCAGGGGAGAGCUGAAGAAAAUGUUUGCCUGGAGAAAGAAGAAAAUUGGACCCGCUACAAACUGCAUUAUGGCCAGUGUGGUGCUGUAAACGAGGUCUGGUGGGAGUGCAUUUCCUUUGUACAGUAACAUUGCUGCUCAGCCAAAAGCUGUGAUGGCAUGAGGAGCUGCCUGGUGCUGAGGUGAGAUCAGCCAGAGAAGCAGAGCAACCCAGGGGCAGUUUUGGCCAUCUGGCUGACCACACCUGCACAUGGCCAGGUACACAUGCACUGUGAGGCAAUGCCAGUGCACAUGGGGAGAGAGGGAAGGCAGAGAAGAGGUUUCUUUGGUUUGCGCAUGUACUCCUGCUGUGAAACUGUGAAUAUAAUUCUGCUCAUCACCUUUCAAUAAGCUUAAUCUGGUUAAAAAACUCCCACAGAUCCAUAUGCACACACUGAGAAAAGUGCUGGAAAAACAUUUGAAAUCCCAUUUCACAAAUUCCCUAAAAUUUCAAGUUGUUUUGCUGCCAGUAAGGAGGAUAUUAGAAUCUGUAGUGAAAGGACAAUAAAUUAGAAUCUGAUAGGACAAGGAGUAAUGGGUACAAAUUGAAAGGGGGGAUAUUUAGGUUAGGUAUUAGGAAGAAAUUCUUUACUGUGAGGGUGGUGAAACACUAG